UCCAGGCCCCGGGAUGCCACACACAAGCCAACUGUACCAGCCUGUGCCAGAGACGUGCUGGCCCAUUGUGUACUCGCCGCGUUACAACAUCACUUUCAUGGGCCUGGAAAAGCUGCACCCAUUUGACGCUGGAAAAUGGGGCAAAGUGGUCAAUUUCCUCAAAGAGGAGAAGCUUCUGUCAGACAACAUGCUGGUGGAGGCUCAGGAGGCCUCAGAGGAAGACCUACUGGUGGUGCACACGAGGCGUUACCUCAACAAGUUGAAGUGGUCCUUUGUUGUGGCAACCAUCACAGAAAUCCCCCCUGUCAUUUGCCUCCCCAACUUCCUUGUGCAGAGAAAGGUGCUGAGGCCCCUUCGGACCCAGACCGGAGGAACCAUCAUGGCAGGGAAGCUGGCCAUGGAGCGAGGCUGGGCCAUCAACGUGGGGGGUGGCUUCCAUCACUGCUCUAGCGACCAGGGUGGGGGCUUCUGUGCCUAUGCGGACAUCACACUUGCCAUCAAGUUUCUGUUUGAGCGUGUGGAGGGCAUCUCUAGAGCUACCAUCAUUGAUCUCGAUGCUCAUCAGGGCAAUGGGCAUGAGCGCGAUUUCAUGGGGGACAAGCGUGUGUACAUCAUGGAUGUCUACAACCGCCACAUCUACCCUGGGGACCGCUAUGCCAAGCAGGCCAUCCGGAGGAAGGUGGAGCUGGAGUGGGGAACAGAGGAUGAUGAGUACCUGGAGAAGGUGGGAAGGAACAUCACGAAAGCUCUCAAGGAGUAUCUGCCCGAUGUGGUCGUGUAUAACGCAGGCACUGAUGUCCUUGAGGGGGACCGCCUUGGGGGGCUGUCCAUCAGCCCAGAGGGCAUCGUGAAGCGGGAUGAGCUGGUGUUCCGAGUGGUCCGCAGUUACCAGGUGCCCAUCCUAAUGGUGACGUCGGGUGGGUACCAGAAGCGCACGGCCCGCAUCAUAGCUGACUCCAUCCUCAACCUGCAUGGCCUGGGGCUCAUCGGACAUGAAUCUGCCAGUGUCUCGACCCAGAGCUCGGACACUCCUCUGCUGCCCCUGACAGUGCCCUGA